CUUGGACUGAAUUAAUUCAAAGUAAUUCAAAGUUCUGUUUUAGGGUUAAAGAGAUCUAAUACAUCACCCUAACGUCAAGCCCUGGCUAUGGUUAUGUCAAGUUUCGAUCUUCAAUCCACUCAACUGUGGAUCAAUUAGAUCAAUUGCUAUAAAUGUGUAGGUAGGUACAGUAGCUUAGGCAGUUGCUGGAGAAUUAAGUUUAGUUUCCCCGGGUUAGUUAUGUCAAGGUUUACAUACCGAUCCCGCUGACAGCUGCGAUAGGUACCUAAGCCUGAACAUGUAUAACAUGUACAACCCGUACAACUCAUAUAUGUGCUUGCUCUCUUUAGCUUUCUUCCUAUCACUUGACCAAAUGGCAGGAACCAGCUGGCCAAUCUAGAUCUCCCAAUGUCUGCUGCCCUUUUCUUCUUAAAAGGUUCUAAAACCCUCCCCAGGGCCCAGGUCUCGUUUCUCUCAUCGUAAUAUUCUCCUAUACGGGCAAGACUCCAAGUGGCUUUUAGGCUCUCAGUUCGCUCUUCGAAGAUAAACUCCUUCACCUCUGGCUUGCACAAGUGUUCCCCUCUACGAUAGAUAGGCCUCAUCCUACUCGUACCGUCGUACGGUUUAGUCCAUAUCCACAUUCUGCUCUGACAUCAUGUCCGGCACACUCACGAGGACUGACACAACGAGAUCUCCCUCACCCGUCGAUAUUUGUCCUACUCGCAAUGGCGACCUUCUAGCCAUUAACGUGACUAUUAGGCAAGACCCUCUGUCUGUGACAUUAGAUGGGCCCGCUAUCUUCUUCAUUGCCAUCUUGCUGAUUCUCAGCACUCAAUUGCUCCAGCCUUCGACUGUGGCCUUUCUCAUCAGUGUGUUUACGCUCGUUGUAUUCGUCCACAAUGAUUACCAGAACUAUUUAAAGCUCGGCCCCGGAGGUACGCCAGCGACAUUUGCCGGUUACAUUCGCAUCAACUGGUUUAAACUCUGGGCCUGUCGGGACCCUUUCACCCCUCUCCCAGCAGAUCCAGACGUGCAGCCAGCCGCCGGAAUCCUCCGCGAGAAACCGCUUCCUUACCGCUGCGGGCUGCGACCUAAAGUCGUCGGAAUCGCACCGCAACGGCAGGUCGACCAGUUUGGUUCUCGGGACUGCUACCUUACUCUACGGCGUAUCUUGGAAUCUCAUAGCCGUAAUAAUCCGGAGGAACUAGGCAUCGGCACAUCUUGCUUUGAAAAGCACGGCUUGGCCCUAUUCUCUCGCUAUCCUUUCAACAAGACCUGCCAGGGUGAGAUCUGCCACGUGCAUAACUCGGACUACUCGAUGCACCUAAACCUGCACCCGGACGACGUGAAGGAGGUCAUCGAGAAAGGCUGGGGCCAGCGACAUCCCUUGACGAGCCAGUGUUUUCUGAAGAUGCCCGUCCCGAAACAAUUCACCAUGGUAUACGCUCCGCGAUCGAUGGAUGAGCUGAAAGUUGUGUGCCAGAUCAUCGAAGCUGCAGGCUGGUGGGUUAGUGCAAAGGAGAUGAAGCUGAACGUGAUGGGAGAGAAGUAAACUGUUAUAUGGGCGUUUGCAAACCGGAUAGCUGGGCUGAAAGUUUUACGAUGCACGAAGUAUACGGAUAGCCCCUAGGUAGAACUCGUUUGCAUAGAUUAUCCUAUGAGGUGGAAACGAGCCGGUAAACCAGAGAUUGGUUUCACAAUAACGUAUUGCUUUAAAGUAGACUUGAGGAUUACAAUACAAAAUAAUUUUAGUUCA